CAGUGAAUAUUCACUCAAUUUCACAUACCUCCCGAGAUGAUGUUCAAUUCUUUGAGUCUGUGGGAGGUGAUUGGAGGCGCCAGUAGAGGGGGGGACCUCACCUGCGCCGCACUCAUGCGCCGCACGGCCUCCUUCGGCUCAAGCGGUGCCCGAUUCGCCGGGCAUCUGACACUUGUGUCCCGUGAGCAGUUGAGCCCUCGCCUGGCCGAAAUUGGGGCCGGUGAGAGGUGCGCUCUCAGAUGGCUGCGGGAAUCUCUGUGCCCUAUGACAAUUUGGGCCUUCAAACGGCGGAUCUCAUCAACAACCAAUGGCCUUUGCGCUUUGGAGAGGUUCGUCCGAAGGAGUACAGCAAGUCCUCUACGGAGUACGGAGUGCACGUGCCCUGCCAUGCUGGUCAGUCCUUCCAGGCGCCCUGCUUGCCAGCGGGCAUGUCGUUGCGCAUGGGCGCCUUCUACGAGAAGACGGGCGUCUCCCAGCACCGCACGGAGCCAGGCUUCCGGGAUAAGAAAGGCGCGGGCACCUUGACGGAGCUGCCGCUCGCGGACUACGGCACCUUGCGACGCUCCACGCGCCUGCCAGGUACAGCGACCCUGGUCUUGGACAAGCCUCCGUCAGUGCCGCACAGUACUAUCACAUCGCAAAGGUCCGGCAAGCCUGAUCUAGAGGUCAUGAGCAAUGCUUCCAGAAGAUCCCGCCAGAGCCACCGUAGCCAACAGAGCCGAGCGAGCAGAGCUAGUGGUGCCAGCAGACGUACAGCCAGUUCAGCCCCGAGCUGGGCCAAACGAACGCAAGCUCAGCAAGAAAGGCAGCCAUGGAAUUUCGAGGCGUUGCCCUUCUACGAUCGGACGAACGCUAGCUAUGGCAGGACCUGGCAGCAGGCAGCCUCCCAUGCCGCCAUCAAGCCAGCCGGCAAGUCCGAGUCAGGCUAUGUGGACCCUGCCGAGCUCAUCGCGACCUUGACUCGAGAGUAUUAAGCGGUUCUUGCUUUUGGUUGUCUCAUGAGCCGUCGAUUGAAGCUGGAAAAUCCCCUGAAUGGGGGCCUCAAACAGCUUGUGGCUCCGUUGUUUCACCCAUGCAACAAAUAUGAGCUUGUCAUUGUGUAGGUCGGUCGGAAAAGCGCAGUUGUUGGGCCCGCGAGCUAAUCAAUGGCACAAACUUGGAGGACAUGGUGAGUAAUAUCUGUCAGCUGGUACCCUGU